AUGGAUUUUGUUACUGUUCUGUUGUGUUUUUUGUUAUUUUUUAUUAUUAUUAUGUUUGUUUUGGGUGGUAUGACCUAUUUCAUAUGGAAAUCGAGUUCUCAAAUAAUCGAAAAUAAUCUACAAGAUCCUACUAGUCAAUCUCAAACAACAAAUCAACGUUAUAAUCGAAAUAAACAGCGAAGCGCAAGUAAGAAAAAGGCAGUAGCUUCGACCACAACAACAGCGGUAGCGGCCAAAAGAAAAGAAAAGAAAAAAGCAAUGAAAAAAUUGCAACAACAGCAAGCAGCGAUCGAAGAGCAAACGCCUACAGGUUCAUCAAACGGUAGUAGCAGCGAGCAAGAAGAGGAAGAAGAAGAAAAACCACAACAACAGUCAGAGUCAAUAGCCGCUAAAACUCGUCAGAAAACAAAAUCAAUCGAAGACAAGAAAGACAUUAAUAUGCCACCAGUACAGCAAACACUACCGAAAAAACCUCAAGCCAGUGUCGCUCCAACAAAACAUGUCGCUGCACAAGCAAAACCAAUUCAACAGAGUGAGAAUAGACCAGUGCAACAGCAGGUCAAACAAAAUGAUACCAAGCCUCAAAAAAAUCAGUUUUUACCAACAUCUCAACAACUACUUGCGAAUAAAACGCAAAACAAUCAAGGAUAUGUAGCGCCGCAUAUAUUAGUUCCGAGCAAUCAGCCCCAAAUUGUUCCACCAUCCCAAAGUCCGACGAUAAGCAAGCCUAAUACGGUACAACAAGAUCAAACACAUCAACGUUUACCUCCUCGUCAGCAACGUUCAGCAAAUAUUCAAUCACUGCCUCAACAGCAACAAGAACAGCAACGAAAUUUCGAUCAACGGCUCGUGAUUGGUUCACGUGUAAAUGGCUUCGCACAGAGCGAACAAGUAGCUCGUAUUCAAGCAUCAUCUUCUCCGUCUCCACAACAACAACAAAGAAGUUCAAUUAACGAAAAUCAAUCACAACGCCAAUCGGCACCUGUGCAACAAGUAUCAACAGCUCGUGUUCAAGCAUCAUCUUCUCCGUCUCCACAACAACAGCAACAACAACAACAACAACAAAGAAGUUCAAUUAACGAAAAUCAAUCACAACGUCAAUCGGCACCUGUGCAACAAGUACCAACAGAUCGUGUUCAAUCACCACCACAACAAGACAAAUCACAAAUAAAUGGAUUUGUACAACAACAUCAAACUCAAGAGCCUCAAAACGCAGAUACCACUCAGAAGGUUCAAUCACUACCACCACCCCAACCAGUCCCGCCUCAUGUACCCGCACUUAAAGUGGAAAUUCCAUCAUCUUCUCCCUCCGUUGUUGCUACUCUUCAACCAAAAAUUAUUGAUCUCGUUAAAUCACUGCCAUCUACGCAAGCUCUCAUUACGGAAUUAAUGCUAAUAUUUGAUUCAGCGUCAUUAUCGUAUGAUGAACUCGAAUUAAUCAUGUACAAAAUCGCCAAUAAACAAUGUCUGCUAAAACACGACUGGAAUCGCCUGUUCGAAAAAGGUCAAAAAGUUGAUCCACGUGAGCAUAUCAAUUCAAUUAUAUCUGAUACCUUAAAAAAUGAAAUGACACUCGUCACGAAAGAACUGCAGCAAGAAAAAAAGAAGACACAAGAGUUGUCCAAACAAUUACAAGAUAAAGAACAGUUAUUGAGACGUUAUUCAUCUCAACCACCGACCGAUUUUGUUCCUCCUGGUCAACAUCAAAAUCAAUUAAUUGGUCUUCAAUUACAAAUACGACAUUUACAAGACGAAAAUCAACAGUUACAUCAUCAAAUCAAUCAGUUUCUCCUUCAUCCACCACCACAACCUCAUUACGAACCUCAAUAUAGUGGUCAACAGCCAUCAAAUGAAAAUUUAAAACAACAAAUAACUAUAUUAACAAAGCAACUGCAACAAUUAACGAUUAAAAAUGUCACUUUAGAAAGAGAAUUCACAAAUUAUGACCGAAGUAACAAGAAUAUGACGGAAUCACUGAAAAAAGCCGAUAAUUUGAAACAACAACGUAUUGAUCAAUUAUUAAAUGAUUUGAAUAAAUUUAAAAAUAGUGAACAAACUAUAUCACAAUUAAAACAAGAUUAUGAUCAAUUGCAAACAAAAUAUAAUCAAUUACAAGAUAAACAAAGUCCAUUAGAUGACGAACAAACAUUAUCAUCAUCAUUAUUAAAUGAAUCUGAACAAUUAAAACAAAAAGAGCAAGAAUAUGCUGAUCUCGAAGCAAAAUAUCAAGCAUUAAAACAAACUUUAACUGACUUAGAAGAGAAACAAAAACAGCAACAACCUCAUGUUGAAAUAGCUCAAAUUCAAAAUCAACUGCGUCAUGAACAAGAAUUAAUUGAACAACUGAAAUUAAAUCAUGUAGAAUUAGAAAAGCAGUAUGAAUUACUCAAACAAAAUGCGGUUGUAAGCGAUGAAUUACGACAAAAACAAGAGACAAUCGAACAAUUAACACAGGAAAAUAAACGGUUAAAACAUGAACUAGACCUUUGUAACGAACAAGAGAUGAAUUUUCAAAAACUUCAAGAAGAGCUAGAAAAACAAAGAGAAUUACGAAAACGAAGUUCAUCUGAAUUAGAAACUAUUCAUGUUCAACUGAAAGAAAAACAAGAACAUAUUGAAAAUUUACAAUCGAAAUUUUCUGAAUUAGAGAGCGAAAAUAAACAAAUAAAACAACAACUCGAUGAUCAAAAACAACUAUCUCAACAAGAAAAUGGUGUUAAUAUUGUUAACAAUCAUCAGUCAAAUGAAGAAAACGAUAAUUUAUUAAAACAGAUACAAUUGUUAACAUUGGAAUUAGAUGAAUUAAAACAAAAAAAUGAUACGUUAAGAAAACGUAAUUGGAAAAUAAUGGAUGAAUUAAAUUCAGCUGAAAAAUUAUUAGCAGAACAAAAAACAAAUGAAUAG